AUGAGUAGUUCAAUUCAGCUUCGUGAAAGAUCUAGUUGCAGGCCUCAUUAUAAUUUUGAUGAGUCAGACGAUGAAGAUCAAGUUAUUUUCCAUGGAGAACAUGGAAAAUCUGCUGAAAACGAUGUGAAAGUUAAUGAAGAUGAUACUAAUGUUGGUGGUUCGGUUGAAGGGCUUCCUGGAAGCUCCCGUCAAAAGAAACGUAAGAACAUCAUUGAUGAUUCAAACGUUUCAGUUGUUCUCCCUAGGAAACGAGGGAGACCGAGAAAAAACAUUGCUAAAAGUGAUAAAACUGAUACAAAUGUGAAUAGUUUUGCUGAUCGGCUUCGAGAAAGAUCCACGAAGCCAAAUUAUAUAGACGAAGAUUUGGAAAUUUUUCCUAGCAAACAUGGGAAAUCCAAAGAAAACAUUAUAAAAUUUGAAAGAAGUGACACGAAAGAGAAUUCGUGUCAAGCUUGUGAAGAACAAGGUGAGCUUUUAAAAUGUGAAACAUGCACCUAUUCUUUCCAUUCUAGGUGUAUAAUCUCACCACUUAAAAGUCUCAUUCCAGACAGUUGGAGGUGCCCUGAAUGUGUUAGCCCACUCAGUGGCAUUGAUAAGAUAUUAGAUUGUGAGAUGCGUCCUGUGGUGGCUGCUGAAAGUGAUGCACAGAAUUUGGAGUCGAAACAAAAUUCUGUCAAGCACUAUCUUGUUAAGUGGAAGGGACUCUCAUAUUUGCACUGCACCUGGGUUCCGGAAGGAGAGUUUUUGAAGGCUUUCAAGACUCAGCCAGGUCUAAAGAUCAGAAUAAACAGCCUCCAUCGUCGUAUCGAAUCAGCCAAGAAUUUCAAUGAAGAUUUUGUUGGCAUUAGAUCCGAAUGGACUAUGGUUGACAGAAUAAUUGCUUCCAGGGUAAACGACGAUACCAAUGAAUAUCUUGUCAAAUGGAAAGACCUUCCAUACGACGAGUGUCACUGGGAGCAGGAAACUGAUAUCUCUGCUUUCCAAGCAGAAAUAGAAAGAUUUAACAAAUUUCAGUCCAGAACAAGGAAGGUUUUGGAUGCUUCUGAAUCAGAAAAUCUGCAGAAAGAAUUUCUGCAGUAUGAAAGCAGCCCGGGGUUUCUUUCAGGGGGUUCACUGCAUCCAUAUCAACUUGAAGGAUUGAAUUUCUUACGAUUUUCAUGGUCCAAGCAAACCCAUGUUAUACUUGCUGAUGAAAUGGGACUUGGAAAAACCAUUCAGAGCAUUGCUUUCUUGGCAUCGCUCUUUGAAAGCAAAGUUUGUCCACAUCUGGUCAUUGCUCCGCUCUCAACGUUGAGAAACUGGGAGCGUGAAUUUGCAACGUGGGCACCUCAGAUGAAUGUUGUUAUGUAUUUUGGAUCUGCCAACGCUCGUAAUUUGAUACGAGAGUAUGAGUUUUACUUUCCCAAGAACCAAAAGGGGUUCCAGGGAAAGAAAUCUAAACAGCUUGUUGGUGAAACCAGACAAGGAAGAAUAAAGUUUGAUGUUCUUUUGACAUCAUAUGAGAUGAUAAAUUGUGAUUUAUCAUCUCUGAAGCCCAUUAAGUGGGAGUGCCUGAUAGUUGAUGAGGGUCACCGUCUGAAGAACAAGAACUCUAAAUUGUUUUCUUCGUUGACCCAACUUUCCAGCAAACACCGUGUGCUUUUGACUGGAACUCCUCUUCAGAACAAUUUGGAUGAACUUUUUAUGCUGAUGCACUUCCUUGAUGCUGGAAAGUUUGGAAGUUUAGAGGGGUUUCAGGAAGAGUUUAAGGAUAUCAAUAGAGAGGAGCAGAUUCUGAGACUGCAUAAAAUGUUGGCACCGCAUCUCUUGAGAAGAUUGAAGAAAGAUGUGAUGACAGAACUGCCUCCAAAAAAGGAACUUAUUUUACGUGUUGAAUUAUCCAGCCUUCAGAAAGAAUACUACAAGGCAAUUCUGACUCGUAAUUAUCCGAUAUUAAUCCGCCGAGCUGGUAUUUCUCUUAUCAACGUUGUUAUGGAACUGCGUAAGCUCUGCUGCCAUCCCUUUAUGUUUGAUGGACUUCAACCUGAUCUCAAUAUUAACGAUGAAAAAGCUCCAAUUGACUAUUUGCUUGAAUCCUGUGGGAAGUUACAACUGUUGGACAAGAUGAUGGUGAAACUGAAAGAGCAAGGUCAUAGAGUCCUUAUAUAUUCCCAAUUUCAGAAAAUGCUGGACUUGCUUGGAGAUUACUGCUGUUACAGGAGUUGGCAAUUUGAGAGGAUAGAUGGGAAGGUUGGAGGAGCUGAAAGACAAGUAAGGAUAGAUCGGUUUAAUGCUGAAGAUUCUUCAAGAUUUUGUUUUCUUCUUUCUACAAGAGCUGGGGGAUUAGGGAUAAACCUUACUACAGCGGACACAGUCAUUAUAUAUGACAGUGAUUGGAAUCCUCAUGCUGACUUGCAAGCCAUGGCCCGGUCGCACCGCCAUGGACAAAAAAAGAAGGUGAUGAUUUACAGGCUCAUAGCAAGAGGAACCAUUGAAGAACGGAUGAUUCAGAUGACAAAGAAGAAAAUGGUGUUAGAACACCUGGUUGUAGGGAGGCUACAGGCUGAAAACAUUAAGCAGGAAGAGUUAGAUGAUCUCGUAAGAUAUGGCGCAGAGGAGUUGUUUGCUGAUGAAAAUGAUGAAGCAAGCAAGUCUCGCCAGAUUCAUUAUGAUGAUGAUGCUAUAGACAGAUUGCUGGAUCGUGAUGGAGAUGGAGGUNAAGAUGCUGGUUUGGAUGGUGAAGAUGAAGAUGGAUUUCUUAAGGCUUUUAAGGUGGCAAAUUUCGAAUACAUAGACGAAGUUAAGCCAGCAGAGGAGGUGGCACAAAAAGAAUCAGAGGAGAAUCAAUUCUCUGCUGCCAAUUUGAAGAAAUCAGCUUACUGGGAUGGCUUGUUGAAAAUAGGAUAUGAACAGGGCAGAAUUGAAGAACUAGAUGCCUUAGGCAAAGGGAAGCGAACCCGCACCAAAUGGCUGGGAGAAGGUUGUAGUACUUGGGGAGAUUUAAGCUCAGAUGAUGAAAAUUAUAGUGAAGAUGAUUCAAAUUCAUUUGAGACUCCUACUCCUGCUAGAAGGGGAAAGAAAGUUCGUGCAGAGAACCCAGGGCCACUUCCUUUAAUGGAAGGUCAAGGAAAAUCGUUGAAAGUACUUGGUUUUAGUCAAAAUCAAAGGGCUGAUUUUCUUCAAAUUUUGAUGAGGUUUGGGGUUGGUGAUUAUGAUUGGAAACAGUUUGCUCCCAGGAUGAAACACAAGAGUUAUGAAGAAAUCACGGAGUAUGGCAUUCUUCUUUUGUCUCAUAUUUCAGAAGAUAUUACUGAUUCACCAACAUUCACAGAUGGCGUUCCAAAGGAAGGACUUCGAAUACAAGAUGUCCUUGUAAGGAUUUCACUUCUGAUUAUGAUAUCAGAUAAAGUGAAGUUUGUAUCAGAAAAUCCUGGAAUUCAACUUUUUUCAUCUGAUGUCUUAAUACGCUAUCCACGUUUGAAGGGUACAAAUUUCUGGAAGAUGGAGCAUGAUUUAGUGUUACUGCAGGCCGUGUUGAAGCAUGGCUAUGGAAGGUGGCAUGAUAUUAUUACGGAUAAGGAUCUGCAGAUUCAGACGGUCAUCUGUCAGGAGUUGAAUAUUGCAAUUGCAGAUGAAGCAGUUCAAGUACAGUCUGACUCACGAAUGCUCCAUGGUCCAAAUAGUACAAAUGGGGAGUGUAGCACGAGCUUCAACCAAUCUAAGCAGAGUGAUUUGUGUGGUUCUAGUGAUCGUGGGAAGCAAAUCCAGUCACAUCAUGAAUCCGCCACGAGGGAUCAGAAUAAACAAAUCAAGAGAGCACAUAUUGAGUUUAUCAAGAGAAGGCUUCGUCUCUUGGAAAAAGGUCUCAUCGCUGAGUACCAGAAUGAACGCUUUAGUGAACUCAAAGCACAGGAGGAAAAAAAGAAACUAGAUGAAGGCAACUCCACGCGUGUUAAUGUGAACAAGUAUAUAGUUAAAGAUACAGAUGAACUGUAUUAUUACUUAUAUGAUUUUGAUGCAGAUCGUAUGCAACUACUGUCUCUUUACAAUGAGAUGUGCCAGACUGUGGAGGGCAGCGCCGCCGGUUUAGCAGAAAAUGCAACAGAACAGCAACAACAAAAAGCUAUUAAGAACUUGGGUCAAAUCCAAAGCAUUUGUGCAGAUUUCUAUGAAAUUCUGCGUUAUGAGACACCGGAGUGAGAAAAUUUUCUAUAACAGAUUAAAUACAUUAUCACAGACUGGAGUUGAUGGCCCUGAAGAAGUUAAAUGCAAAGCUAAAGAUUUGUUUAUGGAGUUUUGUACAGGAAUUGUUGUAUUAACAUUAAUGGCCAAACAGAAAUUUGUUGUACUUUGAUUGUAUAGAGGAUGUGAUAUUCUUUGAGGACUAAAAUACAACACCUUGUGGACAGAUAUUUGUUGUACUUUGUAACAUGCAAAACUCAGAUCUCAUUGUUUAUUGGAUUCAUAAUGCAGAAAUAUUGAUUAUAGACUUGUGUUCUAGAGAGACCUCUUAAUCCAACAGUAUAGAUUGAAAGUUGUAAUCA